CACCAGGGCGGGUCUCAAUUCUCAGUUGAGUCAUAUCCUAAGCAGUCGCUUCCCUCCAAUGGCAACAAUCAGUCUAUCUUCGAUACACACUUCUCCAUCCUCUCUUCGCUUAUUAUCCUCUUAUUCUUCCCAAAAUACCGCCACUCUCUCCUUCUAUUCACACACCAAACCUUCGCUCUCUUUCUCCUCCGUGUCUCUCAAACCUAUCACUACAGCUCGGUCUCGACCCCUAACCGUCGUUUCAGCUUUCGGAAAGCUCUCGGAAACUGAGCCGAUUCCCCUGCCCCCGGCCCCUGAGGAGAUCGCCGGAAAAUUUCCGUCGGAGUCCGGCGUAUACGCCGUUUAUGAUCAAAGCGAUGUUCUUCAGUUCAUAGGCAUAACACGGAGCAUUGCGGCAAGCGUUCUCGCCCACAGGAAAUCGGUGCCAGAGCUGUGCUGCUCCAUCAAGGUUGCAGUAGUAGAUGAACCAGAUAGAACAGCUUUAACCCAGGCGUGGAAAUCAUGGAUGGAAGAACACAUAGGAGCCACUGGAAAGAUCCCACCAGGCAAUGAAUCAGGGAACACCACAUGGGUCCGGCAGCCACCAAAGAAAAAGCCUGAUCUCCGGUUGACACCUGGUCGCCACACCCAGCUGACAGUUCCUCUGGAGACACUUAUUGAUAGGUUGGUUAAGGAGAACAAAGUGGUAGCUUUUAUUAAGGGAUCAAGAAGUGCCCCACUCUGUGGAUUCUCACAGAGAGUAGUUGGGAUUCUUGAAAGUGAAGGGGUGGACUAUGAGAGCCUGGACGUGCUGGAUGAAGAGCACAACUAUGGAUUAAGGGAGACCCUUAAAAAAUAUAGUAACUGGCCAACAUUCCCUCAAAUUUUUGUGAAUGGAGAACUGGUUGGAGGGUGUGAUAUCUUGACUUCCAUGCACGAGAAGGGUGAGCUUGUUGGUUUAUUCAAGAAGUAGAGGCUUAAGUUAUCCUUUUCAGCCCAGGGAAUCUCCAUAUUAUAUAUGGUGAUAAGAGUAAUGUAAGGGUAAUAGACAGAAGGGAUGAUGAAAUUGUAUAAAAGAAGGGGCGUGCAUGCUUGAUUAAUUUUACUCAGGUUAGUGAAUCAUUGCUGCAUAAUCUCUAAAUUUCAUCAUUUUGAAUGAUCAGGGAAAAAUGCGUCGAGACAUCUUUGUUGUA